AAUAGUGAAUAUUAGUUAGUGCCAGUAGGCAGCGGAUAGAAACGCCAGCGAAAUAAGAUUCCGUAAGUGGGACCCCACAUUCGCUAAUCAUCUCCUCAUUUUUCUAAUCUACGCAUGCCAGCUCAUCCCCUCGGUCCCACCCCCCCUUUUUUCUUUUGUACUCUCCUUCCUUCUCUCUCUCUCUCUCUCAUAUCUCCGCGAUACACCAGAUCAUUCCCUCUCCCACACUCAACGGCUCUAUAAUAAUAAUAUAAAUAUUAAUAAACCCCUUUUUUUCAUUUUAUAGCUUUCGGAUAAUUCACCCACCGGCUAACAAACACUGGGCCCCCCCCUCCCCCCCCCCCCCCAACUUUACCGGCAGUCUCCGGUCACCCGCCCUUGGCUCUAUAUACAAGAGCUUUAUUCUUAAUCCGUAAACCCUAAUACCUCUCCUCUCUCUCUCUCUCUCUUCGGCCAUGGGAGACCGUGACGGAGCUUUCAAGGAAUUGGAAUCAAUCGAUGGCGCCGAUGCUCUUUUAGCCUCCAAACGCUACAGUUGUUUCUGUUUCCCUUGCUUUGGACCUAAUCGGUCUGGUUCCGAUGAGCUUUCAUGGUGGGAACGGGUGAAGACGAAAGCAAAAUCCACGAAGUUUGACGGCGAAGAUCACUGGUGGACCGGCGGAAUCAGAUCCCUCAAAAAGCUUCGUGAAUGGUCGGAAAUCGUCGCCGGUCCGAGAUGGAAGACGUUUAUUCGCCGGUUCAAUAGGAACCGUCCGGCUACUGUGAAGCUUGGGAAAUUCCAAUAUGAUCCUAUCAGUUACGCUUUGAAUUUCGACGAGGGGCAUAAUAAUGGGGAUGUGGAUUUCGAAGGAAAUCAUGAAUACACUGGUGGUGGUGGGUUUCAGAACUUCUCAGACCGGUUUGCUGCCGUCCCGCCGGCGCCUAUGAAAUCGUCGUCUUCUACAGCGAUGAAUGGUUAGAAUACGGCGGCAGUGGUGAUAAUAAUGGUGAUGGUCUUGUUUUCUCCGGUGAAGUUGAACGGGCGGUUUCCUUCCUGUAUUGGGAUUUAACGUAUAUUUUUCAACUGAUGAGCUGGAAGUUGACCGUUUUCGAUGAAGUAGUAGGGAGGCGCUAAUGGCGGCGGUACGCGUGUUAAAGAUAAUUUACUACUUUUUUAAUGGGGUGACGUGUAGCUAAAUGAUUGGUGGGUGUUUAUAUUCUUAUAGUUGAUAUAAUUUUGUUUUAUUCUUUUCCCAAUUAAAAUUGUAUAAUUCCAAAUUUCACAGAGUUUUAUUUAUUUAUAUAAAUUCUUAUUAUCAA